AUGGCAAAGCUUCUCAAAAGCUUGAACACAAAUAAAACCACUGGCCCCGUUGGAAUACCACCAAACGUAUUGAAGAAAUUAGCAGCUGAACUAUGCAACUCUUUUAAACCUAUACCAAUAAAAGGAAAUAAGACGGUUCCCAAUAACUACCGUCCUAUGGCUUUAGUCGCGACUAUUACCAAAGACAUGAAGAAAGUCGUUAAUUUAAAAUAUCUUGAGUCUGCUAACACCAUCAGCUACCAUCGAUACGGCCUUCAUAAACAUAAAUCAACCAGGGAUCUCCUGGUCUAUGUCACCAACGUAUGGCAAUUGUAA